AUGAUGAAUCCUGAUUCUAUUAAAUGUGGUGGACGUCCUGGACCUGAGUUUGGGCUUGUAUGUGAAGCUUGUGAAGGUAGAUGUCCUAUUUGCAAUGCCCCAGUGAAAGAAGAUCGAUGCGUUCCAGUCCAUAUUUGCGGCGAAUGCUCUUUUGGACAAUUACGUGACAAGUGCAUUGUUUGUUCAGCACCUGCUAAAUAUAAAGCAUAUUAUUGCGAACAAUGCUCUUUGUUAGGAAAAGAUCGUGAUGGGUGCCCAAGAAUUAUUAAUGUUGGAAUUAAUAGAUCAGAUAGAUUCUACGAAAGAAAACGAGUUACAGUUAUUCCAGAACAAAAAUUUUAA